CAACAGCACAUUUCAGCAGGCAGACAGUCAUUAGUUACCUAUUUUAUCUGAUUUCAGGUGGAGAAAAUAUGUUAAGAGCUCUUGUCCUGGUUUAGGAACCUGCAGUCAGUUGGAGUCAUGCACUAAAACUCUGUGUGUAGUUGGGUUUGCAGUUACUGCUGUGCUAUGGCUCCUCCAGUGAGCUCCUCAUUAAUGUCACCUGUCAGACUUUGCUGUUUGUAUCGCAGUCUGUGCUGGAGAACAAGCAGGACACUCUUUGCAAACGGCUUGGGCCAAAACAGUUUGUGUCCAGCUCCGGGUUCAGCAGCUCUGUGCAGACAAACAAACGCUCCCGGGUGGGCUCGAGGGUUUUUCUCCCGUGGUGGCGGUGCCGGCGAGGAGCAGCACACCCUGCAGGACAUCGCCAAGAACAUCAAAGAGCAGCAGUACAAGAGGGUGGUGGUGAUGGCCGGAGCUGGGAUCAGCACGCCUAGUGGCAUCCCAGAUUUCAGGUCUCCAGGCAGCGGUCUCUAUGACAACCUGCAGCAGUAUGACUUGCCUUAUGCCGAGGCCAUAUUCGAGAUCGGCUUUUUCCAUCAAAACCCUGAUCCCUUCUUUGCUCUGGCCAAGGAGCUGUAUCCAGGAAACUAUCAGCCAAAUCUGACCCAUUAUUUUGUCCGGCUGCUUCAUAAGAAGGGUCAGCUUCUCCGGAUGUACACGCAGAACAUCGACGGGCUGGAGAGAUUGGCAGGGAUUCCUCCUGAGAUGUUGGUGGAAGCCCACGGGACAUUUGCCACCGCCACCUGCACUGUGUGCCUGAGGAAAUAUGAGGGAGGGGAGCUACGACCAGAUGUGAUGAGAGGGACGGUCCCGAAGUGUCCCACCUGUAAGGGUGUGGUCAAGCCUGACAUCGUGUUUUUUGGGGAGGAGCUUCCCCGUCACUUCCUGAAGUACCUGACAGACUUCCCGCUGGCAGACCUCCUGAUCGUCAUGGGCACCUCGCUGGAGGUGGAGCCCUUCGCCAGUCUGGCAGGAGCGGUGCGCAGCUCUGUGCCCCGUCUGCUCAUCAACAGGGACCUGGUGGGGCCGUUCGCCUGGCGGCGCCGGCCUCAGGACGUCGUGCAGCUGGGUGACGUGGUCAGCGGCGUGCAAGCCCUGGUGGAUGCCCUCGGCUGGACUCAGGAGCUGGACACUCUGAUGGCGGCCGGUGCUGAGAAAGCUGCAACAAAGACAGAAGAGUGACCAUUUCACUACAUCGAGCUGGAGGUUUGACCUUUUCACUGCACUUAGUAAUGAAAACACCGCAAGAAUAAAUCCAGCUGACUUCUGCACUCAGUUUUGCUGAGGUUCAUGAGCUAAUGCUGGGAUUGUUGGUUUUAUCAAUGGAAGCUCACAGACUGGCAAAUAAGGAACUGCUACACUGGAAAUGCCAUAUAACUGAAAUGUUCUCAAAUAUCACUAAAAUGCAGGUAAGUGACACAGUGAUAAAGUGAUGAAAAAAUCCAAACAGGUUGCAGAAUUUUCUGUGUGUUUAGUGAUAUGUACAAGAAAUUACCCGUACAGCUGAUGGACCAUUUUGACCUAAUUAGAUUAGAUUAGAUUAUUAACCUCAACAACAACCUUAAAGAUGGGCUUUGAUUGUAUGAAAAUGAAUUAAAAGUGUUAAAAAAAGAAACAUUUAAGGUAUAAUUUUACACACACACACACACACAUAUAUAUCACUAUAUAUAUGAAAUUAAGAAUGAGAUUUUGUCUUUUUUAGCUUUUCAGAACAGACUCUCCUGUCAUCCUGUUUUCAUCACUUCCAGCUUUAUUUGUAAAACAAGUCCAGUUUCAUACUGAAUGUCAGCGAUGCUGCAUCAAAACUGUUGGGAAACAUUGUACAAACAAAUAUAUAUUUAUAUUUAAACAAAAAGUAACUUCCUAAAACAGCUGCUCACUGUAGUUAUUUUAUCAAAC